CGAAUAACAAAUACCCAUAAGGUCCCGGUCACGCAGCCCCUCCCCGCGGGCAGCGCACUAUGCUGCUCUGGUGGGCGUCCUUGCUGCUGUGCGCGUUCCGCUUGUCCCUGGCCGCAGCCGGCACCGCCGCGGCACCUGCCCAGGAUAAAGCCGGGCAGCCUCGGGCUGCUGCAGCGGCCGCCCAGCCCCGCCGGCGGCAGGGGGAGGAGGCGCAGGAGCGGACCGAGCCUCCCCGCCAUCCGCAGCCGCUGGCGCCUCAGCGCCGGAGCAGCGGGCUCGUGCAGAACAUCGACCAGCUCUACUCGGGCGGCGGCAAGGUGGGCUACCUCGUCUACGCGGGCGGCCGGAGAUUCCUCCUGGACCUGGAGCGGGAUGGUUCGGUGGGCGCUGCUGGCUUCGUGCCCGCAGGAGGCGGGCUGAGCGCACCGCGGCGCCACCGGGACCACUGCUUCUACAGGGGCACGGUGGACGGCAGCUCCCGCUCCCUGGCCGUCUUUGACCUCUGCGGUGGUCUGGAGGGUUUCUUCGCGGUCAAGCACGCGCGCUACACCCUGAAGCCUCUGCUGCGAGGGCCCUGGACCGAGGCGGAGGCUGAGCGAGUGUACGGGGAUGAGUCCGCUCGGAUCUUGCACGUCUACACCCGCGAGGGUUUCAGCUUCGAGGCCUUGCCGCCGCGCGCCAGCUGCGAGACUCCGGCUUCCCCGCCGGGGCCCCGCGAGCGCCCUCCGGCGCACCUCAGCCCUGCCCGACGCGCAGCGCUGGCCCCGCAGCUCACGGACCUGUCGGCUCUCCCGCCGUCCGCCGACGGACCUGGACCACAGACGUGGUGGCGGCGGCGGCGCCGCUCCAUCUCCCGGUCCCGCCAGGUGGAGCUGCUCCUGGUGGCUGACUCGACCAUGGCGCGGAUGUACGGCCGUGGCCUGCACCACUACCUGCUGACCCUGGCCUCCAUCGCCAACCGGUUGUACAGCCACGCCAGCAUCGAGAACCACAUCCGCCUGGCCGUGGUGAAGGUGGUGGUGCUGGGCGACAAGGACAAGAGCCUGGAGGUGAGCAAGAACGCGGCCACCACGCUCAAGAACUUCUGCAAGUGGCAGCACCAGCACAACCAGCUGGGCGACGACCAUGAGGAGCACUACGACGCGGCCAUCCUGUUUACUCGGGAGGAUUUAUGUGGGCAUCAUUCAUGUGACACCCUGGGAAUGGCAGACGUUGGGACCAUAUGUUCUCCGGAGCGCAGCUGUGCCGUGAUUGAAGAUGAUGGCCUCCACGCAGCUUUCACCGUGGCUCACGAAAUUGGACAUCUCCUUGGCCUCUCUCAUGACGAUUCCAAAUUCUGUGAAGAGAACUUUGGCUCCACAGAAGACAAGCGCUUAAUGUCAUCCAUCCUCACCAGUAUUGAUGCCUCCAAGCCCUGGUCCAAGUGCACCUCAGCCACCAUCACGGAAUUCCUGGAUGAUGGCCAUGGAAACUGUUUGCUAGACGUACCACGAAAGCAGAUCCUGGGCCCCGAAGAACUCCCAGGACAAACCUACGAUGCCACUCAGCAAUGCAACUUGACGUUCGGGCCUGAGUACACCGUGUGUCCCGGCAUGGACGUGUGUGCCCGCCUGUGGUGUGCGGUGGUGCGCCAGGGCCAGAUGGUGUGCCUCACCAAGAAGCUGCCCGCCGUGGAGGGCACACCCUGUGGGAAAGGCAGGAUCUGCCUGCAGGGCAAGUGUGUGGACAAGACCAAGAAGAAGUAUUACUCAACAUCAAGUCAUGGAAACUGGGGGUCCUGGGGUCCCUGGGGCCAGUGUUCUCGCUCUUGUGGGGGAGGAGUACAGUUUGCCUAUCGCCACUGCAAUAACCCUGCACCCAGAAACAGUGGCCGCUACUGCACAGGGAAGAGGGCCAUCUACCGCUCGUGCAGUGUCACGCCCUGCCCAGCCAAUGGUAAAUCUUUUCGACAUGAACAAUGUGAAGCCAAAAAUGGCUAUCAAUCUGAUGCAAAAGGAGUCAAAACAUUUGUGGAAUGGGUUCCCAAAUAUGCAGGCGUCCUGCCAGCAGAUGUGUGCAAACUGACCUGCAGAGCCAAGGGCACUGGCUACUACGUGGUCUUCUCGCCAAAGGUGACAGAUGGAACUGAAUGCAGGCCAUACAGUAAUUCCGUUUGCGUGCGAGGGAGGUGUGUGCGAACCGGCUGCGAUGGCAUUAUUGGCUCAAAGCUUCAUUAUGACAAGUGUGGAGUAUGUGGAGGAGACAACUCCAGUUGUACAAAGAUUAUUGGAACCUUCAAUAAAAAAAGUAAGGGCUACACCGAUGUUGUGAGGAUUCCAGAAGGGGCAACCCACAUCAAGGUUCGACAGUUCAAAGCCAAAGACCAGACUAGAUUUACUGCCUACUUAGCCUUGAAGAAGAAAAAUGGUGAGUACCUUAUCAAUGGGAAGUACAUGAUCUCCACUUCAGAGACCAUCAUUGACAUCAAUGGAACAGUCAUGAACUACAGUGGUUGGAGCCACAGAGAUGACUUUCUACAUGGUAUGGGCUACUCAGCCACAAAGGAAAUCCUGAUAGUGCAAAUUCUUGCAACGGACCCAACUAAAGCAUUAGACGUCCGAUACAGUUUUUUUGUUCCCAAGAAGUCCACUCAAAAUCUAAACUCUGUCACUAACCAUGGCAGCAAUAAAGUGGUAUCACAUACGUCACAGCUGCAGUGGGUGACAGGCCCAUGGCUCGCCUGUUCUAGGACCUGUGACACGGGCUGGCACACUAGGACGGUGCAGUGCCAGGAUGGAAACCGGAAGUUAGCAAAGGGAUGUCUCCUAUCUCAGAGGCCUUCUGCUUUUAAGCAGUGUCUGCUAAAGAAAUGUUAGCCUGUGGUUAUGCUCUUAUGCACAAAUGUAACUGGAGGAUUCAUCACAGAUCCAAGAGUGGUGAAUGAGAGGUCUACCUAAUGCACAGAGAGUCAUGCUUCAGUGUCAUUGUCAACAGGAGUCGAAUUAUGGGCAGAAUCUGCUCUCCGCGACCAAAUGAAGAUGUGCACUGCUUUAUGUGACAACGGUGACCUUGGAAUAUAGAAAAACUUGGGAGUUAUUGACUAUCCCCUGGGCCUGCUAGAAUGAAAAGAAAAAGAAGCAGUGAUGAAUGUAGAUUCAGGGGACGUUUGAAGAUGGAAGAAGUCUCCCCUUUGUCACCUACCUCUAUAGAAUGUCUUUAAAGGCAUCAUAAUCAUUGUCACCCAUGACACACAGUAGCUUAUUUUUACUGUUUGUAAAUACAUUCUCCCUUGAUAUGUCACUUUAUAUCACUUGGUUCUAUUAAUAUAUAUAUAUAUAUAUUUCUAUAGAAAAUAUUUGACCAAAGUAGGUCUGCAGCUAUUUCAAUCCCUUCUAAUUUCCAGAAAGAGCUGUGGAUGUUUUACUGGAAAUUAAGGACUUGCUGCUGUUUUAAUAAGAUUUAAUGCAUUUGCUGACUACAGGAGAUAAAUUUAAGUCAAAAACCACUUUGACAGCAAUCAUCUUCUGAGAAAUUUUGAAAAGAGAAAGGAUCUCAGUGUAUCUAGUCAUUUAAAUACAUACAUGGGUCCAUUUACUCGAACUUGUGACUGUAUUUAUUCCAGACAGUUAGCCAAAUUAAUGCAUAGUCAGGAUGUAGAAGUAGUGUGUGUGUGUGUGUGUGCGUGUGUGUGUGUAUGUGAUCAGUAUUCAACAGUCUAAAAGUUAGACUCCUUAUGUUGGAUUGUAAAAGAGAAAACAUCUAUUUCACCAUAUUGUCAAUUUAUGUGUUCACAACUGCUUUUUCUCUCUUUGGCUCUCAGCUGAUAUUUUACAAUGUGUAAUAUAGAUAGAUACAAAACACACAGCAAAGAGUUUUCUAUCAUAUCCAACACUUUCAACACUGGUACACAUCUUACCAGUAAGCCUUUAAAAUGUCUUUGUUUUCAUGUACUUGUUCGUUUUGUUCAUUGAUUCCAUAAGACCUACCAUAAUUUGUACUUGCUGACUUGGUUUAAUAGGAAUAUUAAAGAUCAUUUGGUAGUUAACCACAUCUAAAAGUGGUUAUCAUCAUUAAUGUGGUUAAUGCAAAAAUCAGUGGUUAAUAUUAAUAAGACUGUUUCCACACCAUAGGCAAUAAUUCCUCAAUUAUUUUUACUGCAAGUAUAUUCUUACUGUACUAGCAAUUUCCCCCAAAUGGAAAGCAUUUGGCUGUAUCAGACAGUGUUUGAAGGAUGAAAUAUGAAAUAAUUUUCUAUCACAUUUGUUAGGAAGUUUGUUGCUUUUAUUUCCAUCUAAGUGAGUUCUAAGUUCAAAUAGUUAGAAAUUGAAAUUUUUUAUCAUCAUAUGCAUUAAAAAUUUAUUUUUUGAUGGUAAACUGCUUCCCCUCCACUCUGUAGCUCAGAAAAUGUUAGGUGUUUCAUUUUUUCAGAUUUCAUUUUCUUCGUGAAAUGCCACAAAACUAAUUUUUAAAAAAUAAAAUUUGAUAAUAAUACCAAAUGUGCCUAUUGUUAAAGAUGUGCAUACAAGGUUGAUAAGAAACCAUUGUUUUGGGUUCCACUGAACUCAUGAGAGUUUAUUUUUAUUAUAAAAUCCUUUAAUAUAAAAUAAUUAUGUAAUUAGUCUUGCUAUAUCAAGUUCAUUUAAGUGGGGCAGAAAAAUGGAUCUCACUGUUUUAAGCACUUCUUAUUUUCUUAAGAAAUUUUAGUACAUUUUAUUCUCUUAAGAAUACAAAAUCAGUAGUCAUCCUUUACAUUUUCAUACAUUGACUUUGUUUUAGACAUGGUAAUGUUUUCUUAACAAUUUACAGUUUGAGAAAUGAGAUCCAUUACAGGACUGGUAACCCAUAUUAGAUGGAGCUAGCCAGAUACCAAGGACAGGGAUAAAAGCUGACCAACUUGGUUAACAAGAAAGAAAGACAGAAAGAAAGUAAGAAAGAAAAAAGAAUGAGAGAGAGAGAAAAGAACUAUUGAAUAAACCUCAUAGACCUUUUGACCAUGCAAAGAGAAUUAGUACAGAGGUCAAUCUUAGUUUUUCUAGCUUUGAAAAUAAUUUAAAUCAAGUAACUUAAAUGUGCCAACAUUUAUUUUUAUCUUUUGAGAUUAAAAUUUCAACAAUAUUAAAAAAUUGAAAGGUAAACAUGAUUGUCUUCUACUCUACUUCUCUACAACUGUAUUCAUAAAAUUUUCAAAGGAUUUAUUAAUGAUAUCUUUUCCCCAAAGUAAUGAAGUUGUACACUUCUCAUUGAAAUAAUCCUAAAGAACUUAGAACAAUAAACCACUACUCCAUGUUUUUAAAGAGUUUUCUCUACUUUUUUUUUUGUUGUGAUUAUCACUAAAUUGACCAAGGAAUGUAUGCAUGAACUUCUGAGAAAAAUGACAAACUUGAAACUGAAAUUCAAAUAAAUAGAAUGAUCAAUAAAUAUGAAGAGUAAUAAACAAGGUGGAAAUCCUCCAUAGCUCAAUCCAGUUCAGUCCAGUUUGACUUGGUACUACAUCUUUCACCUUCUCAAAGUUGCAUCUUGAAUUUUUAAAAAGUCUGCAAUUCAAGAUGCUAGGGACUACUUCCUUAAGAAAAAAAUAUUUGAAAAUGCUCAGGUUUAUAAAAAGUCAAUCUCAAUUACAAACGAAGUCCAGGAGAGCUCAGUAUUUAUUCUAGAAUGGAAAAGAUUAAAGUAAGCCCUUCUUUGGUCUUUAGAGGUACAAGGGCAUUGUUGUAACUUAUUCAACAAAUUCAACUUCCUUUGCCUUCCUGUGGAAACAGUUUUAUCCCAUUAAUCUAAGAAUUAAGGGGUGAAUCACAAUUGAGAAAAAAGUUGCAGCACUGAAAAAAAGUAAUUUAUUGUUUUUGCAACUUGUAUGUGAAUUUGUGUGAUAAAAUUAUUUAUUCUUAUUUAACAAAAUAUGUGCAAAUUCUUCUAUAUUUAAAAUGUUUUGCUAUUGUCCUACCUUUUAAUUUAUGCUUCAUGUUUGUGUAUAAAGUACACUUUGUGAGUUUACAUAAUAUACAACACUGGUUGCUUUUGUAUUUUUUUACAGAAAGCUUUCUGUGUGAAACAGGUGUAUAUGUAUAUAUAAUUCUUCAUGUAUCUUUACUGAUACUAUCAUUUUCCUUUCUAAGGAAAUUUUAAAUUUAAUCAUUCAUGAAUAGUAGUGUUCAUUACUUGUAGCUAUGUUAAUAGGUAUUUUCAAUACCAUUAACAUUAAUUUUUCAAAGUCACAGAUAACAGAAACAUGUAUUUGAUCAUUUAAGGUGCAGGUUUUAAACUUGAGCAUUUAGAAAGCUUCCCAUAGUAGCUGUAGCACAGUCAAGAAUCAGGUCCACGCACUUCAUUGAGUAAUCUAGACAAGAAGCUAUUGAUGUAUUAUGUAAAAUUUGUGUACACACACCUCUGAGUUAUGUAAAUUAUAAUAAAACUUGUCUUCUGCUGCUUUUGAAACACUUAAUAA